UUGCCGAGUGAGAGGGAGCGUGACACUCUUCGGUCCCACGGUGGUGGUCCUCGCCUCCCGACUAGUUGGCGCAAUUACCUCAAGCAAAGCAGCCAUCGCAAUAAAUUUUUAAAUAUAUUCUGACUAUUCAUUCCCUGGUAUUGUUGCGGGAGCUUUGUCGUGUCUAUCUCUCCCAUUUCCUCGAGCAGAGUCGGUUUUGCGGGGGUAAGUUAACCUGGUGGUUGAAUGAAUGGCCAGUAGAAAGCGAUGGUGUGGUGGAGUAUUUUUAUUUUUUUCCCCUGCUUCGCUGCUUCAGCCUAGUCACUGUAGAAUCGAUGAUGAAACGACAUGGCGGAGGUGGGGCUGAAACCUGGGAGGAAAGUGCCAAGGGAUUGGAGCAUUAGGUUUUAGCUGGAAUGCCGACAGGCGGAAACCAAGAGGAGGAGAUUUAUAAGCUCUAGAUCGAGGGUGUGCUUGAUCGGUUUCGUUUGAUGAAGGACAUAGCGGCUUAGCAGGAGGGUGAGAGAGGGAGAGAGACAGAGUAUGUGAAGGUUAUGACUGUGAGGGAGAGCGAGAGAGAGAGAGCAGGAUUAGGAGUACGUGAGGAGUGACUUUUGGACAUCAGAGGAUAGUGAUGGAGAUGGUGAUGUCAGACCGCAAUAGCAAGCAUUGGGGGUACUACUGGCUCUAUCUGCGACAUUGCGGUUGCUGUGUAACGCCGGCUGCUGGAUAGUUAUAAAGUUCGAAGGCGGGCGACGAUGGCGUUUCCACGAAAUCCUCAGGGGGGGUUUUGGAAUUUUCUGCGGGAGGAUUUACUGUGCAUUAUGGUCGCGUACUUUAUGCAGUGCUGGUUUAUGUAGUAUCAGUGUUCUUUCCAGUCAACCAUCUCUUUUAAUCGAGGCGCCAGGCUUCACUUGUACAGUAUUCUCCGACGGGUGAGAUGAAAUACAGAAGGAGAAAUGAAGCGGGGGAGUUGGAUGGAAGUAGAGCUCAGCCGACGACUAUUCUUGGUGGCCAGUUUGGAGCAUCAACAGGUGGACAAGCUAGCAACGGCGAUGACAGUAUGGAGAGCUCUUUGGAAGGCACGUCUGCUCUUACGACGAGAGAACAUUUGAAUGGUGGAGGUUCAAGUCGCAUCUAUUCGCAGUUUCAUAAUUCGAAUGCGGAGCCUGAGCCUUCAAGUGUGGCUGCUAGAUUGAAGCAGCAAGCUCUUGAUAAUCCUCAACAGGAGCAAUCAGUUGACGAUUUAUUGAAUUCAAUCGGAGUCUCUUUGCAUGCUAAUCAGAAGGAGCUUGAUUACUCCAUGGCUGUAGAUUAUGGCGGGCCUGACAAGAAGGACGGUUUUUCGAAGUAUAAGCUCUCGAAUUCCUCGCAUUCUGGAAUAAAAAGAUGUCAAACCUCGGACUCUAUUCCUGUAGCAGUUGCUUUAUCCCGUAUCGGUAAUAAACAUUAUAUGUCGAAUAAAUCUAGGUCUAUAAUGCAGCCGAGCACUCAACCCCAGACGAAUUUAUCUCCACCGACUGUGGCCCCUCACGCCUCCCGAGAGGGCUUUGUAUUUCCUACUUUAGAUAAAGAAGUAGAUACCUCAAUAGAUUUAGGUUCGAAGAGUCUAGAACCACAAGAGCCCUCUGGAAAUGUUUCCGAGGUCUUGGAUGCAUCAAUCGGUGAUAGAUCGGAAGAAAUGGCUGAGCCAUCUCAUAGGAUGAAGCUUUCGUCACUCGAAAGCUCUCAGGAUAUUUCAAAUGGUCCGUUCGGUGUUCCAAGUUUUUCAAGUGCCGCAAGCACUCCCGUUGAGAUGAGCGUAGCGAAAGGGGAAUCAGUCUUCGAUACGCCUCAACAAAUUCCAGGAGAAAAAAUCCCAAAGGAGCUUGUGCAGGGCCUGCAAACUGACUAUCCUGGAGAUGAUGAGAUCGAAUCACGCACCAUCGAUGUUCCUUCAUUUUCUGUUACAACAGUCGAUGCAACAAUUCCUUCCCAAGUGAUACUACAAAAAUCUUCAUCAUUACAUAGUGGAGAGAGUUCAGCCUCCGUCUCGCCAUCUCUAUCUGUGGUUUUAGCAACAACAGGACUUGUUGCAAAUGCCCCUUAUACAGAUGAGAGUUUCAAUGGAGAAUUUAAUAGAUCUGGUGCCGAUGAAUCAAGCGUGAUGUAUUCCCCUGAAUCUAUUCAGAUCAACUCUGGUUUCUACACACCCAAAAGCUACGACUCCGUGGAAGAAAGAAGUGAGCUUGUGAAUAUUGCUAACCACGGGGGUGACAGACCUGCGAUUCCUCCUGUGUUGCCAUGGAAGAAGGGUGGUUGCGCAGGUUGUGGCAAAGGAAAUCUUUUAUUAGAAAAAGAGUACUGCAUGGCCUGCGGCGCCAAGUACUGCGGCAGCUGUGUGCUUCAGGCGAUGGGGUCCAUGCCUGAGGGUAGGAAGUGUAUUUCAUGCCUUGGGCAACCUAUAGCUGGACCAAGGAGGCCUUACAUUGGGAAGCCGUCAAGACUGCUGAGACAUCUGCUAAGUCCUCUUGAAGUGCAACAAAUUAUGAAGGCUGAGAAGGAGUGUCCAGCCAACCAGUUGAGACCUGAGCAAGUGGUGGUGAACAAUCGUCCCCUGUCACAUGAAGAGCUCGCAGUGUUGCUCGGCUGCCAGCUACCUCCAGGGAGAUUGAAGCCCGGAAAGUAUUGGUAUGACGGUCAAACAGGACUUUGGGGAAAGGAGGGUCAUCGGCCGGAUAGGAUUGUCACUCCUUCCCUCAAGGUAGGUGGCAAUCUGCAACCGAAUGCCAGCAACGGUAAGACGCAGGUAUUUAUGAAUGGGCGUGAAUUGGGGAAGUUGGAACUGAAGAUGCUCAAGUUUGCUGGCGUCAACUGUGUCCCAAAUACACUUCUGUGGGUGGAGCAUGAUGGAAGCUACUCAGAAGAAGGAUUCAAGAAUGUUAAAGGGAAUAUAUGGGCAAAAGAAGGCAACCUCUGGGAGAAGGCUUCCAUCAAACUGUUGUAUCCAUUUUUUUCAUUGCCAACUCCACGCUCUACAAAUGUGAACGACUGUGAACGGCAUUCCAAUCGUUUCCUAGGUUUGGCGGAUCCUUUGAAGGUUCACAAGCUUUUACUUCUCGGGCAUGAAGGUUCUGGAAGGAGCACAAUCUUUAAACAGGCUAAAAUAUUGUACAACGAUGGAUUCACACCAGAGGAGUACGCCAGUUUCAAAACCCUGAUCCAAGCCAACAUUUAUAAGUACAUGGCCAUAUUACUCGAAGGUCGAGAACACUUCGAAGAAGAGGAUGACGAACUUGCCAAUGUUUCUGCGAAGAACCAUCUUGACGAUACGUCUGUCGUCAGUAAAGAAAACGGCGACCCUUCCUCGUCUCAACCAGAUGCAGCACGAUUUUCCGGGCGGAAUGAUGAGAAUCAGAAGCCGAAAAGGUCGUCCACGGGAGACAAUAUAUACAGAUUAGAACCCAAUUUGAAGGAGUUGAGCGAUUGGUUCAUGGAUAAUAUGGUUUGUGGGAAUUUGGAGUCCAUGAGUACCUCAACUUCUGCUCACCUGCAAGAUCAUGCAUCGAAAAUUGAGCAAUUGUGGCUUAGUUCUGCAGUUCAAGCCACAUUCCAGCGAAGAUCAGAGCUUCCUUUCUUGCCCGAUCUAGCAAGUUUCUUCUUGAACAGGGUGGUGGACGUCUGCAGGAGUGAUUAUGAACCGGCAGAAAUAGAUAUAUUGCGAACGGAGGGGCUCAGUCAAGGUUCUGGUUUAGUGCAGAUUGAGAUCACUUUAGACGAUAACCCAGGUUCAUGGCAAGAUGUUGACACAACCACUGGGCUGGACAGGUACCAGGUCAUACGAGUUGGGGGUAAAGGCAUGUCCGAUCGCCACAAGUGGUUGGAUAUGUUUGAGGACGUUCGUGCAGUAGUCUUCUGUGUUGCUCUAAGUGAUUAUAACUCGCUGUGGAACGACAGAUCUGGCAAUCCUAGCAACAAGAUGAUUCAAACACGAGACCUCUUUGAGAGCAUACUCAGACAUCCAUGCUUUCAAGAUACCCCAUUCGUCUUGCUUUUGAACAAAUAUGACGUCUUCGAGGAUAAAAUAGAGCAAGGCGUGCCACUCACAACCUGCACAUGGUUCUCUGAUUUCCGUCCUGUAGGAACAUCCCACUAUACCGCACAGAAUCAGGCACAGCAGGCAUACCAAUACAUAGCUCAUAAAUAUAAGGAGCUAUUCAAUAGUGUGGAUUGUACGGGUCGUAAGCUCUUCACCUUUCAGCUGAAUGCCCUUGAUAAGACUACUGUGUCUGGAGCCUUCAAUUAUGUGAAACAGAUUCUGAAAUGGGAUGAGCAAAAAGCUGCUGGCUGGGGUAUAAUUCCUGACGAAAUGUCGUCUUACAGUACUGACAUCAGUUCAUUCUCUCGACAUUCAUCUCAUUCCAUGACACGUCAACCUGAUCUAUUCAGAAGGCAACACCAUUACUGAUGGUCUCAUGAAUUACAUUAAGUGGAAGACUGCAGGUUGAGGUUAGCAAGCUCUAAGACAUAUGUGAUUGUAGUUGUAAGAGUGAGAUCAUCGCCAGCUCCUAAAACACUGUGCCCCAUCAGUGUAGAGUAGGAAUUUCUGGACUGGCAGACACCAUGGUCACUAGAAAUGAGAUGACCUCUUUGAACAUACUUGUAGAAAGUUAGCUUUCAGUAUGAUCUCCUAACCUGUCACCUCUUAGGUUUAGAGGCAAAAUCAGGUAUUGUGAGGAGUUCUACGAUGUCAAAUUUAAUUUAACCUUACGAUUUUGGUGAAAAGAUCUCUGGAUUAAUCAAUACAUGUACUUUACAAGCA